CUCAUGGAUCUCUUGCGAGUAGUCGCCCGACAACAUCGGAACAGGUUACACCUGACCUGCUCUAGUGAUACCGACUCCAGGUCCUCUUCCUCGGAGCGUGUUCGCACUCAUGGGCGACCUGAGGACCAAUAGGAUCAUCCCCAUCAUUCUCCAUGCGAUAUUCCCUGGCGAGAGUGCAUCUAGGCUCUAGCCGACUCCAGCCUCGAGGCUCGAGCCACGAGAGAUGCUUGACAUACCCAAAGGACGCAAUGUUGGCUCAAUUCGUUAUCGCAGCUCCUCGGGAUAGAAAGAAAGGCCGAUUGCAAGACAGCAAGUUAUUACUAUAUUGUUCUCAACUGGAGCCUAUAACACAGGGCACAAUCAACACUGUAACAGCACUGAUGACAAUUCGUAAACCAGGUCUAUUGGCUGUCGCUGCCCGUGCUAGCUACGGAUGCGAGACAGAACCAGUGGUAUAGGGCGAUCGGAGGGCUACAUCAGAAGUCUGUAUUAUCGCGCGUUGAUCGAACGUGCCCCGGUGUGGACAGCAUGCUCCAUUUGACACCCACCCGUACAGACUAUCCCCAGGCCCAUGCUGGUCUAGCUUUGCUGUGACACCGGGCAUCAUACAACCUGAACUUUAACUCGAUCCAGGACCGAUGCCAGUAAGUAGUGUCAUCCUUCGGAAAAUUGACAGCGAUGCGGCAGGGCCGCGCGUCUGAUUCGGGAUCAUAGCACAAGCGCCCAUUGAUGACCGGCUCUCUGUCAAUCUGUAGAGCAAAUAGGAUACCGUUGAGUGAGCAGUCCAAACGAUUGCUAGGUGCCUAAGGUAGGUAGCCAAUUGAUAUCAUUU